AUGGAAGAAACAAUCGCCGAGUUACGACGUCAGCUUGAGGAAGAGAAGAUAGGGCGAGAAGAGGAAAGACGGGCACGAGAAGAGGCAGAGCGGCGACAAGAGGAAGAGAAGACAGCGCGAGAAGAGGCAGAACAGCAGCAAAGGGAGGCAGAACGGCGAUUGCAACUGAACUCUCUAUUUCGUCUUCUCGAUCGCUGCCACAUCUCUCUGUCUCAAGCGAUCCGAGUUGAGACCGACGCGACUCUCACGACUCAAGGCGAUGCGACCGACCCAGUCAACCGACUUUACCCCAAACGCAUCAUGCCUUGGCGUGAAUUUCCCCAACUCCAAGAAAAAAUAUGGAAGAAAUUCGACCGCAUGAGCGCCUUUACUUCACAAUCACUCUUCCCAUCUGAUGAACAAUUAGAUUAUGUCGCCACAAACGUCCAGGACCGGCCAAUUUAUUCGGAAGCAUCCCUGCGAAAUUUCGAGCGAGAAACGGUGGAUAACUUUGUCGAAAAAGUCAUUGAGGCGCUACGCGACGAUGAAACUCUUCGACAUGAGUUUGGCAUCCAGGGCCGAGUCACAUUCUAUGACCGCGCGGAAACCCCGUUGGAGAAGAGUAUGGAGCAAAUGACUCUUCAGGACACCCGGCCGCCCCAACGAAUAGCGAAUACCAGGAACGGCAGAAGAGCCGCACAGACCUCAAGGAGGCCUCGCACACCAAGGAAGCGCAAUCGCCGUGCUGAUCAGUUUUGUGUACAUACCGUGGCUGACGAGCGAAGAAAACCUGCUUAUGCAGUGGAGUUCAAGGCUCCCCAUAAGGUGACAAUCCCAAAAUUAGUAGCAGGCUUGCAUGAGAUGGACCUGGCUCGCGAUGUCAUUGAUCAGGAAGGUGACACGUUUGAGUAUCACAUUGCAUCUUCUCCUUGA